GACAAUGACGACUUCAACAAUUUUGUUCAACACAUUAUCGUCUUCCACUAGUUCCAGCCUUCAAAAUGUCCAAGCCUUACCCACUCGACUACUACCUGUCCAAGGAGCACCCAUGUAUUACAUUAUUUUACCAAAGACUUCCACAUCAGCGGCUGCGUCAUCACAAACGCAACUAUUGGUGACAUCACAAACUGCUCCACCUACCCUUAAAGUAAUACCAUCACAAAAUCAAUUAUUGAUGACACCAAGGUCUUCUCCACCGAUACUUAAGGUAAUCCCGAACGUUGUGAUGGCAUCAAAUACUAUUGGAUCUGGAUCUGCCCCUCCAUUGAAAAUAAUUCCAACCAAUCAUUUAGUGAAUUACGCGACAACUGUGUCAAAUAUACAUCCAAACACACCAGUCGUAACCAAGAGUAAAAAUGAUUCGUCCACAGAUUAUGUUAACCCUUUCGACUAUACUCCCUACGUAAAAAACACUUUAUCCUCCAUUUGCACACAAAAAAUAACCGCUGCAAAAGAACGAAAUUUGAUGCAGGAAAAAGGAUUCUCUUGGGUUUGUAAAAUUUGCAAGAAAGAAUUUCAUGAAAAAGAACGCCUUCUGGAACACUACGAAAUGCACAAGAAUACCACAGAUCAACUAGGUGAUAUCGACGAAAAUAACGAUGCAUAUAACAUAAGCAGCAAAGAAAUAACUUGUCCAAUUUGUAUGACGAGCUAUGCCAACAUAGCUCACUAUCAACAACACGUUGUUUAUAAACACAAACCAAAAGACCAUUAUUGUGAUUUGUGUAACUAUAAUUUUACUGAUGAUUUUAACUUAAGUCUACAUAAUGCCAUACACCAUGAAAAUCCAGAAUUGUACGAGUGCGUGGUAUGCAAAAAGUUUCAAACAAAAAUCAGCUCAAGGUUAUACGAACAUAUAAAUAAAAACCAUUUAAAAGAGGAAAUGUAUUGCAAUGAAUGUGACAAGACAUUCUCAUCAAAGACGUGGUUCGAAACUCACAAAAUAUUUCAUAUAGAAACUAAUGAAAGAGAUACAUAUAAAUGUCGCAGAUGCAAAUCUAAAUUUAGUACAAACUACUACUUAAUGCAACAUAUGCAAGAAUCCCAUACAAAAUACAAAUGCAAUCAGUGCGAUGUAACCUUUCCCUACAAGCAAAAUUUAGACGAACAUAGUCGCUAUUUGCAUAAAACUGAAGAACAAUUUCUUUGUAAUGAGUGUGGAAAAACAUUUACAAAAAUAUGUAACCUUAAGGUCCACCAAACAGUUCAUAAAACAGGGAAGUAUGUUUGUUCUACUUGUGGCAAAGUGUUUAAAAAGAGAGAAAAUCUUAACAAGCAUGUGAGGAUUCACACUGGGGAAAAACCAUACAAGUGCAAUUUAUGCAAUAAAUCUUUCUCCCAGAGGACCACUCUUCAGAUACAUACACGAACUCAUACCGGAGAGAGACCAUAUCCUUGUUCCAAAUGUAAGAGAGGGUUUAUUACCAAAACAAUAAAAGAUUGUCAUGAGAAAAAGUGUAAAAAAUUUUAA